AUGAAAUCAUUAUGUAUAUUGUGUUUACUUAUUUCAUUAGUAUUCUGUAUGAAUAAUGUAAUGGAAGAUUCUACACAACAGUUACAAGUUCAAAAGUAUAAUAGAAGAGGAAGUCAACCGAACAUUUUCCAGUGCAUUACUUGUAAAAGUGGUACUGGAAAAGUUUUAGGUAUGAUUUUAAGUCCAUCAACAAACAAGUCGAUCAAUAAAAUAAUUGAAACACUUUGUACGGAAGCAGGUCCAUUUAAUACUUCCUGUAGAAUGUUUGCAAAUGAACUUUCAUCACAGGUUUUUUAUCUUUUUCGUCAUAUAGUACCACAAAAGUGGUGUGCUUUUCUCGGUUUCUGUUCUUACCCACCUAUUGUACCUGUAAUUUGUAGAUGUUGUCUCAAUACCGGACAACUGAUAAAAUCAAUGUUAUCAUCAGAGCCUUUCCUAUCAGAAUUAUACAAUAACACAUUAGCUAUGUGUGAUAAAUUACCAAAAUUAUCUAUCAUAUGCAAUGCACUUCUACAUGAUAUUUUCAUGGCUAUAACCUUAAGCUUCAAUGAACAAUUUGUAGUUUAUCGACUUUGUAAGUUAUUUACUUAA